UCCUCCAAUAUGAAAGUCCUUUUGUUGUUUGGUAUGUUUUACUCAUUCACAUGUAUUGCAGAUGGUACUAUAUGCAGACUCAAAACUGCUGUUUUCCCCUGUACUUUAUAUUUACCAUACUUUCUUCUUUUUAAAAAAAAUCUUUAAAUCAUUCAUUGGGCUGGAUGCUUUUCUUUCUUUUUUUAAAGGGUUCCUGUGGUUAUAUCACGCUGAGGGAUAGAAUCCAGACUAUCUCUAAGGCGAAGGACUUAAUUAUAUGUUCAAGGGUCUUAAGAACACUGGCUAGAAUAUGUCUUUGUUGAAUAAGCUGGAGGGGAAGAUCUUGGAGGAGCCUCUUUGGGAUUCGUCCGCGGUCUGGUCAUGUGAUCCCGCCAACAUGAGGGCAGGCACGGAGCCUCCGCGAGGGGGCGCUGCAGAGUGCAGCGGCGAGCAGAAGUGCCCAUGGCGGCCCCAGGUGUCCCCCGCUGUGGCGGCGGCUCCUUGGGCCUCCUGGUCUGGCUCCUUGUCUUUCAGCCACUUCUCAGUGAGGGUGAUGGAUCCAAGGGGGCUUCUACAAUGAGCCCCACAUUGCAGGGGGCCCCCUCAACUUCAGGAUACCCGACAUCCGUGAAUGUUUCAGCACACCCUGUGUCUCCUGUGCCUCCCAUAACUCCAGUGGGAGAGACUUUGAAACCUGCACAGACUCCCGCUUUUGAACCGCUGCCUCCUCAAGGAACAUGUGGCCGUCGGGUUAUGCGGAUAGUUGGUGGAGUGCCAUCCCCUGAGAGAAAGUGGCCCUGGCAGGUGAGCCUGCAGAUCAACGGUGUCCACAAAUGCGGAGGCUCCCUCAUUGCGCCACGUUGGGUACUGACGUCAGCUCACUGUGUAAGAGGCCAUGAGGAAUAUACAGUGCGCCUAGGAGACACAUUGUUACAAUCGAAUUCCCAAAAUGCAGUGGUCAUUCCAGUUCAAGACAUCAUUUGCUAUAACUACUAUAAUUAUCAGACUAUGAGGCAUGACAUUGCCCUUGUUCUGCUGGCCCUCUCUGUGAAUUAUUCUGCGUACAUCCAGCCAGUGUGCCUUCCUGGAAAGGAUUUUGAAGUGAAAGCUGGGACAGUGUGCUGGGCGACUGGAUGGGGCCGAACUUUACAAUUUGGGCCGUCACGUGUACCCACUCUUCAGGAGACUGAGCAAGUCAUUCUUCACUACACGACAUGUAAUAGGAUGGUCAAGAAACAGGAAAAACCAUUUCCCAAGGUCGUUCGUAAAGGAAUGGUCUGUGGUUAUCAUGAAAAGAGUGGAGGCCCCUGCAAGGGAGAUGCUGGGGGUCCCCUGGUCUGUCAGUUUAAUGACAGAUGGAUCCAGAUGGGGAUUGUGAGCUGGGGUGUUCACUGUGCUUUGAAAGAAGUGCCUGCAGUGUACACAGACGUUAGAUUCUACAAGGAUUGGGUUUAUGGUACAAUGAGUCAGGCUUCUAUUCUGGAUUCAGGAGGAUUCUUUAUCCCAUGGGUGUGUCUGAUGUUGGCCCUGAGCAUCCUGGUGACCCUGUGAUCACCCUGGUCCAUACCGCCUCCUGUUUCUGAGACUCAUGCCAGCACUGCCUCUUCCCUCCCACUCCUACUCAAUGCUAUUUCCUCAAAUCCAUUUGGGAUCCACUGACCCUGUGGAGAUCCACAUAUCAGAGAGUUGGCAGCAGCAAUGAACUGUGGAGGUUUCCCAGUCCACUACUCCAGGAACCUUCCUCAUUCAUGCUACACCAUGGCCGCACUUUGUCUGCUGGGAAGGAGUGGGUGAAAACAUCCCAGCUGGAUGGAGAGUGACCUGCGGUGAUGCUUCAGGAUGCUUCACCCACAUCUUGCAGAACAUCUUCACAUCAUCCCUGGCAGCAGCAUUAUCUGACACUUUAUCGUAUCCAUGCACAUGGUGAUUGUUGGGAGAGAGCGAGGCCUCAGCACGUCCGCAUGUGACUCAGUUGUCUGGGUUGGCCACAGGUGCCCUGCUUCCCGACGUGGAUCCAUCUGUGAGGGUCCAGCCUCUGCCACACAAGCCUUCCUGGGGCAGCUCAGUCUUGGAACCCCCUUCCCAGUGCUCCAGUGGCCACAUCCAGGCUCACCCCAAGUUGUGUUGAGACAUUAAGGAGUGUGGAGAUUUCUGAUGUCAACUCAAUAAAUGCUUAGAAAGUCUCUUA